UAGCCUAGUGUUUGGUUUGGUACAGAGGUGGUUAAUAUAAGACAAUAUUUCCCAAUGCUACUAGCCUAGCGUUUGGUUUGGUACAGAGGUGGUUAAUAUAAGACAAUAUUUCCCAAUGCUACUAGCCUAGUGUUUGGUUUGGUACAGAGGUGGUUAAUAUAAGACAAUAUUUCCCAAUGCUACUAGCCUAGCGUUUGGUUUGGUACAGAGGUGGUUAAUAUAAGACAAUAUUUCCCAAUGCUACUAGCCUAGCGUUUGGUUUGAUACAGAGGUGGUUAAUAUAAGACAAUAUUUCCCAAUGCUACUAGCCUAGCGUUUGGUUUGAUACAGAGGUGGUUAAUAUAAGACAAUAUUUCCCAAUGCUACUAGCCUAGCGUUUGGUUUGGUACAGAGGUGGUUAAUAUAAGACAAUAUUUCCCAAUGCUACUAGCCUAGCGUUUGGUUUGGUACAGAGGUGGUUAAUAUAAGACAAUAUUUCCCAAUGCUACUAGCCUAGCGUUUGGUUUGGUACAGAGGUGGUUAAUAUAAGACAAUAUUUCCCAAUGCUACUAGCCUAGCGUUUGGUUUGGUACAGAGGUUAAUAUAAGACAAUAUUUCCCAAUGCUACUAGCCUAGCGUUUGGUUUGGUACAGAGGUUAAUAUUAGCUUCACUGUGUGCCUCUCCAACCUGUGCAACAUAUUGCAGAUUGUAUUCAGCUCAGCUACUGUACAUAUAUAAAACAACUAUCUGGGUUUUCCCGUCAGGUCCCUGAUAUGAGAUCUCUGUCUCAGGACCUUCCUCCAUUCCCCAACACUCCCAACUCCCAGAACUACCUCAGAGAUGCCCCUCGGGAGACAGCAGCCCAACGACCUUUGAACCCCACGCCCUCUCACGCAGCAGGAAGUGAUGCGCUGCCUAGGAGACCCACCAACCCCACCCCUCAAACUGCAGGGGACAGCUCUCAUGGUGUCUCUACAGUGAAGCAACAGCAUGGUGGUAUUGGGCCUGGCAGUACCCAGGUGGACGUGGCAGGGAACCCACGCAGACACAGAGUCAAGCUGCCAGCCUCCAUCCUCAGCUCCAAACCCUUCAGCGUGCCCAACCAGCAGUUCCUGUGUGUAGAGGAGCCGGUGAGGAGGAAGGUGAAGACUGUGUCUGUGACAGGGGGGCAGCAACUCGCCCCACGGGGGUUUGAGCUCCUCCCAGCAGAGGUCCAGUUUGGGACCCUAAAGGAGGGCUGCAGUUACAGUGUCCCCGUGCUCAUGAAGAACGUGGGCUUCCACACCUGCAGGUUCAGUGUGAAACAGCCGUCCCCUGGUACUGGAAUCAGAGUCAUCUACACCCCUGGACCUGUGGCUGCUGGGAUGAAGACUGAGCUUCAGGUGGAGCUGUAUGCCAUGACUACAGGUCUGGAGGAGUCUGCAGAGGGAGAGGUCUACAUCUCACACCACAUCCACAUCAAGACUGAGACUGAGAUCUUCUACCUGCCUGUCUUAGCUACCAUCCUCCCCGAGCGUCUGUAUGACACCAGGACCAAGGAUCAUACCAACGGGCUCCAGACAGGGGUAUCCAAGGUCCGCCUCAUCUCCUCCACCCCCUCAGUCAGACGUGGAGUGGUCCUCCCUCUCAGACCUCUUCUCUCCACCACCGGUGAAAUUGAAUCAGACGGAUUGAGACGACUUAUAUAAAACAAGUCAUUGUGCUUUGGGGUUUUAGUCACAUAUUGCCGUUGUUCAAUGGCUGUUAAAUAGAAUACAUCUUAGGAAUAAAGAACAGUGAUAUAACA